AUGGAGAGUCCACCGCCCAGGUUUUCUGAGGGCAGCAGGUUCUCAGAAAGCGGCACUCCACGGUUCACAGAACAUUUUACCGCAUCGCCUCCAUAUCAGCAAUACUCUCUACGAGACUUUGAUGGGGAGGAUGCACCCAUUCCUCAUUAUGGCGAUACUGGAAUGCCGAUGCAACACAGAUUGUCGAACAAAGACCGCCCACUCUCACCAAAUCCCACAGAAAUCUCAUCGCCCAUACCCGAGUCCUAUAGGCCGGAUGAGGAGGAGAAGGAAGUGGCCAUACCUCCCUUGCACCCUGACGCUGACCGACAAACACCAACUCAAGUAGUGCGACGAAGAGUAUGUGGCUUGCCGUUGCUCUGGUUACUAAUAACUAUUGGCGUUAUUGUGGCUCUAGCCAUUGGCUUAGGGGUAGGCCUCGGAGCUGAUUAUGAUUCCGGAUCAUCCGACAGUAGUCAAAAUCAAACAGUGAAUGCGGAGUAUCUCAUCGGCGGUGCGAUUGACCCAGCAUAUUACUCUGAAGAUGGUGCCUUCAACGGCUCUGGAAUUGCGCUGGCUUCGCAGUCAUUCUCACGACAGCUCCAAGAAGGUACCCAAGGCAGCCUCGUCACGUACUUUCAACAUCACACGGGCGAGAUUCGAUGGAAGCAACUAAGUCCAGAUGGCGACUGGCAAGGAGGCGAUGUCUCGGCCGUGGUUGCGAGCGACGCGAAGAACAGCACGCCACUCUCUGCAGUAUCCUACGUCUCGCAAGGAGUCAGCACGUGGCACGUCUUCUACAUCGAUCAGAACAGCACAAUUCGGCAGCGCAGCAACGGCAACGGCUCAAAUGUCUGGGUCGAUGGCCCGAUUAACGACAUGGAUGUAAAGGUGUAUGAUGCAGAUCUCGUGGGGAUGCAGGCGUGCUGGUACGGAAACGACUAUGGCGAUAGCGACUACACCCAUACGCCACUGCCCAACGAGGAUCCGAAGGCCAACCAAAGCCACGAGGUUGGUAUGCACAUGUGGUAUGCAUCUGACAAUACGACCUUCCAGCAGCUUGGGUGGAGAGACGGUGACGAUACUUGGGAGCAGCAAGCAAACUUCACUCAAAAGAAUGGACAUGCUGGCGUUGGAUGCUACAGUUGGGGCCCUGGCACCGUGACAUACGUUAUGAUGGUGAAUGAGCAGAACGCCGUAGAGGUCUACUGGAAGGAUACGAACACCAAUAUCACGAGCACAGAGGCACAUCCCAUAAACGAGUGGGUUAAAUCCUCCAUCUCCAUUCCCGGCGUCCAUCCGUCCACCUCGCUGGGCUAUACAAACUUCUUUUACGCCCAAGAUGCCGAAACGCUGCUCUUCAAAGGCUACAACAUCACCUGGGCCGCCGAGAACUCCACAAUCAUCGCCAAUGACAACUUCACCGUGCAAGGCGAACCUGGCUUACCCGGCACGCAUCUGUCAGUCUCCGCGAUCCCCAACACGAGCGGUGGGAACAAUCUGGUUGUUUUCUAUCAGACGAAUGGGAGUGACGUGAGCGAAUACACGAGAGAUCUCGUCGCUGGGCAGUGGACGAGUGUGGAGAUUGAUAUUCCGACUUGA